CCGAACAGACGAGGUUUGUGAUACAACUAGAACUUUUUGACAGGAACUAGAACUUAGGAGAACAAGUGCAACUGUAUGUGCAAGAGUUGGCAAACCACAAAUUAAAAAGUAGUAAGUUUGAGAAGCUACACGUAGUUUCUGUUCAGUUCUAGACUUGUAUAGUUUGUAGUAAAGAGUUAGUGACAACGUGUCAAUUGUCCCGAAUUCGAGAAACUAUCCGACACUUCCUUUACUCGAUUAACCUUUAUAUUGUCACCCGACCAGAUGACAUAUUGAUAUACCAAAACUAUAUCUCUUCCAUCGUAAAAACAAACUAAACAUUAAAUAAGAGCUUAAUCUAACUAAACAACAUCGUACGUAAUCACCAAAAUGGCUCUGGCAAGACUAGUUUUGAAGAAUUUGCAGCAAAAAACUGCAUCAGUUAAUACUACUAAAAACUCUCUUUUGCCUAGUAUUGGGGAGAAAUUACUGGGUGGUAUGCAGGGACAAUAUGGGUGGAGUUAUGGUGUUCAACAGAGAUUAUGUUUAUCAACAUCAUCGGAAACAUCAUCAGACGGUGGUAGAGAAGUGGCGGUUGAAAGUGACGAAGGUGGUCGGAAAAGAUCAAACAUGAUGAAGAGCAAGUGGAAGUCUUUGUUGCCUAGUACACUUCGAAGGCCUACUAGUCUUUGGAGGAGGAAGGAUCAUAAUAUUAAUACCCGUCACUCUCACCCCUUUGAAAUUUUCCCAGGUUCCAGCAUGGGAAACGCUUUAAUAGAGGCAGCAGAAAACAUGAACAGGAUAUUUGAAAAUGUAAUUCCAACACACAUAACAGGCACAGCACCCUCACCAGCACAGCUCAUGGGCAAGUUUAAAGAGACAGACGAAAACUACAAGCUACGUUACGACAUGCCAGGUCUAACUAAAGACGAUCUUAAGGUAACUGUUGAUAAUAAUGGCGUGCUGAGGAUCCACGGAGAAAGGAAAGUGGAGGAGGAAGACGAAUCCGACGACGAGUAUUUUAUGAGCUAUGGUUACUACAAUACUAGCUUAGUUUUGCCUGAUGAUGCUAAGCAAGAUGAUAUUAAGGCUGAGUUAAAGGAUGGUGUGCUUAAUAUAACCAUACCUAAAACAGAGUUUCGUGGAAAGGAUGUUAAGGAGGUUAAAGUUUACUAGUUUGGGCGUUUUGUACCUUUGAAGGGGUGAUGUAGUUGAUGUUAGUUAAUGUGUGUGUAUGUGAAAGUUUGUGUUGUGUGGCUUGGGGUUUUAGAGGUUGAUUGUUAUGUGUGUUUUGGGUUUUGUUGUGUUGAGUGAAUGGUUAGAAAUGUUACCACAUGCAUAUGCAAUAAUAACAUCUAUGUUUUAUACUAGUA